UAGUGAGACCUGAACAUGGAAAGAUCGCCACCAGCAGAAGCUGCAGCAGCAGAGGCAGUUGCCGCUGUUGAGGCAGACGUCGCAGUAGAACCUCCUGGCCAGAACAUAGAAUCAUCAUCACUAACACGAAAUAGACCGCCGCCCCGCAUCACCUUUAGCGAGAAUUCCAGUUCCCUAAUCCGCUGCAUACCCAACGAGCGUGCAACAUUAUUUGUCAAAAUCGAUUGCGAUGAGGAGGAUGAAACGGAAUUGCUGCCCUUCAAAUUCGAAUGGAGCCGUGGCGAGAUACCCAUUGAAAACUCCGAUCGCUUUCGCAUUACACAGACCAGCAAUGCUGUCCAAUUGGCUGUGGAGCAUGUGCAGCGCGAGGAUGCUGGUCAUUAUACUCUUAUCGCACGCACAAAGAGCAACGAUGUGGUGCGCCGUCAUGUCGAGCUCAUUGUCGAGGACAGAUCGAUGGGUGAAGAUCCUCCAGUGUUUGUGCGUCGCCUGGUUGAUCUGUCCGUUAAAGUGGGAACCCGAACACGCCUACUCACCGAAAUACGCAGUUCAACAGAUCUUAAGCUAACCUGGUAUCGAAACGAUCGACGAGUAUGCGAAAAUGAUCGCAUUACUGAGAUCAAUGAGGGAACAUUCCACUAUUUGGAAGUAAGCCCAGUUACCUUGGAGGAUGGUGGCCAAUGGAUGUUAAUGGCCGAGAAUUUGGGUGGACGUAAUUCAUGUUUGGGCACACUUAACGUCCUGGUGCCCAAGGCGUAUAAGACACCCGAAUUUGUCGAAGAACUACGUGCUGUAUUAACGGAGCAGGGCACCGUGUCACUCGAAUGCAAAGUGGUGGGAGUGCCUACACCACAUUUGCGCUGGUUUAAGGACUCCAAGGAAAUAAAGGCUGGUGAUAUAUUCGCUCUAACGGCUAAUGCCGAUGAUCCCACAUCGCUGGGCACAUACACAUGUGAGGCAAGGAAUUGCAUGGGCGUCACCUAUUCCAGUUCCAAGGUGCAUGUGGUCGGACGCGGUAGUCGUGAGGGUUCCCUUAAGCCGGCCGAUAAUGUCUCCAAUAAUUCACCGCCUCCGAUAUUUACGAACGAACUGCGGGACAUGAGCGUCCGCAUUGGCGAGACAAUCAUUCUCGGCUGUCAAGUGGUGGUACCACCAUGGCCGAAAAGUGUUGCUUGGUAUAACACAGAUGGACGUGUCGAAACUUCCGAUCGUUAUAAAUUAAUUGAGGAUGGUCUUGGCGUAUACAUGAUUGAGAUUAAGCCAUCAGAAUCCUGUGAUGCUGGCGAAUGGAAAUGUGUUGUUACAAGUUUUGAGGGUUGUGUGGGCAUCUCCACCAGUGUAGUCACCAUGGAUAUUCCCAAAAAUUAUCGAAAGCCUAGAUUCAUGGAGAGUCUACGUGCUGUACUUACCGAGGAGGGACUUGUUUCUUUUGAGUGCAAGGUUGUUGGUUUUCCAACUCCCGUCCUCAAAUGGUUCAAGGAUGGCCACGAGUUAAAACCUGGAGAUGUCUAUCAGUUAACCGGAACUAAUUCUUUGGGCACUUACUGCUGCAUCGCCCGUAAUUGCAUGGGAGAGACAAGCAGCACGGCCGUACUGACCGUGGAGGAUAUUCAAAAUCAAUUAACCGAUGAGGAACGUCUCGUGUUUACCCAUCAAAAUCAAGCACCAAGAUUUUUAACUGGACUAAAAAGCACCGAUGCAAAGAUCAAUGAACCUUUUCAAUUCAAAGUAGUGGUCAGAGCUUCUCCGGAUCCCGUCCUAACAUGGUUUCGCGAUGAACUGCCCAUCGAUCCGAAUGAUCGUUAUAACCAUUAUCGUGGUGAGGAUGAAGAAUGGCUUAUGGAUAUCAAAGCAGUGGAAUUUGUUGAUCAGGCUGAAUGGAAAUGCGUUGCCGUCAAUGACUUUGGCACUAGCAUCACUUCCUGUUUCCUAAAGUUGCAGAUCCCAAGACAUUAUAAGAAACCACGAUUCUUGGAAUGUCUGCGAGCCGUUCUAACUGACGAGGGUGCCGUCAAUUUGGAGUGUAAGGUCAUAGGUGUACCACAGCCUGUGCUUAAGUGGUAUAAGGAUGGGGUGGAGCUGAAACCCGGGGAUAUUCAUCGCAUUAUAUCUGGCCAAGAUGGCACCUGUUGCUUGGGUACCUACACUUGCGAGGCAAGAAACUGCAUGGGAGUGGUAGCCAGCUCCGCCUCUCUUCUUGGCUUCGAGGACGCCCAACGGAAUCAGAGUCAAAAGAAUGAGCAGCAAGUCCACGAGAACGAAUUGCAACGGAAUUUCUCGCUUUCAACCAUUCAAGAGGAGCGAACUUCGCAACUUUAUGAGACGCCGGUCGGCGACAUAACAAUCGACGAUAAGGGCGAUGUGUCCUUUUCAUUUGAUGGUAAAGAGGUUUCUGUAUCACUCUACGAAACACCCGAUCUAACCGAGGAGGAAGCUCUCAAGAUUGUUGAAAUGUAUGCCGAUCAAAUAUCAGAGCAUGUAACAGAACACAAUAUUGUCGAAUUGCCGCCACUGCGUUUCGUUAAAGAGACCUCCCAAUCGGGUAAACUUUUAAUGGAGGCGGUGGUUAUCGACAUAGCACCAGAGUAUUUCAGCCACGAAGAUGAUCUAAGAACAGAGGCCGAUAUGGAUGAUAUUUCCAUUACAGAAAUUACUGUGCAUGGCUCAUCUGGUCGAGAUGGAGUUGGAUUAAUCGACAGGGAAACGCAGCAAUAUGUCCAGGAAUCGUUUGAGAAAAUGGAGGAAGAGCUAUCCUUGUCGGCCCCUGUAGCCCGUAAACGCAAAAAGUCAAGGCCAACUGAGACGGAAGAAUUUUUCAGCCUCUCCAAGGCAUCGGGAAGUCAAGGUGAUGAAGAGGAAACGUCGGACUUGCAAACUUUCGCCAGUGCCCAAAUGUCCACAUCCCAUAAUCAGAAGCAAGUAUCAGCCAAAUCAGAGCAGGAGCAUGAUCACGAAACAUUGGCAGCGCCAAAGCGCAAAAAAUCCAAGAAACCUUCUGACACUGACUCUUCAAAGACUACCGAGGAUGAAGCUCGCUUGCAGGAUAUUUCAGGGGCAGUAGGCGAUGGUCUUUUGAUGUCACCAGCCGCACAUUUAAAAGCAAUUACCGAUGAAUCAGAGAUCAAUAGAAAUCUUAUAGCUCUUGUGCCGCUAGCCAAAUUAUUGAAGGUGAUAGAGAAUCAUCUAACAGUUGUUGAGCAUGAGGUAUUGGAUCAAUCAACCAUGAUGAUGACACCAGCUGCUGCGGAUCAAAGCAUUGCUAUUAUACGAAACAUUGUGGAGCCGAUUAAGCAAAUUGAGUCAAAACUACGCGUUUAUUCAGGCGAGACUCAAAUCGAUGCUCUCAUUCAAUCUAUGGACGAUGAUAUACGCAGGUUACACAUGGGUCUGCAGGUGAUAGAAAAAUGUGUGGAAAUAGACGAAACUGGAGCCACACUUAUCCAACGGACUAGUGUCUGCAUUAUUGACACUGUAGGCGAACAGAUGAAAAGAGCACUCGAAGAACUGAAAAUUGUGAGCAAAAAAUUCCAUUCGGAAAGUUUAAGGGCACAAAUUGAAUUGACUGCUGAUGAUAUUCAACAAGGUUUGGAAAUCACUCAAGGCACCAUUAAAUCGCAGGCUCUAUUACAAGAGGCCCAAGAUCUUGAGGCUGCCCAGCAUUUUACGGAGACAGUGGAGAAAAUGCAGCAGGAUACCAACGAGUCAAUGUCUUUUGCUACCAUAUCUGAGGCAAAUUUACCCAGUGAGGCUAGCGCUUUAAAAGAGAUCUGCCAGCCGGUGGCUAAAAUACAAGAGGCCUUAGAACGCGUUGAGAUGGAACUCUCACUUGAAGAGUCUGAAGAAGAAAUUUACAAAAAGGUGCAUCAAAAAGUACUUGAAAGCAUUGUGGAGCCCAUCAGGGAACUACAAAGCACACUUCAUUCCAUCGAGGAUAAAACGGAAUCUCUGGCUGGCACCGAGUCCAUGGAACAAAAGAUUAAUAUGGCGAUUUUGGACAUUGUGACACCACCACUUUUUGAGCUCAACAAAGGAUUGGAAGUGAUACUCAACGAAAAGUCCGACAGCGUAGAGGGAGGCAUGUUAACAGUUAGCACAGUGGAAUCGAUGGUUCCACCUUUGCAAGAGAUUCAAAACGGUCUGGCCCAACUAGGACAGGAUUUGGAAAGUUCCGGGGGCCAGGCAGCAUUAAUGGCACAUGAGGAUGUCAUACAAAACUUAACCGAACCAUCGCUGGAUGUGGCUGAUACCCAAAAACUAUUACAAUCAAUUGCUCAAGCUGUUUUGCAUUUCGAGACAAAUAUCGAACGAAUUUCUCCACGCCUUUCGGCGAAUGUCAAGAUACGCCUGCAGAAUCUUAAGGAUGAACUGUCUGCCCUUAUUGGUACAAUUUUAGAUAAGGACAUCACUCGCCAUCAUGUGGAGCUUCUCGAGCAAUUAAAGAGUCCCAUUGACGAGUUAAACUACUGCAUUCGCCAAACGGAAGUGAAGUCUAUGACAGGUUCACUAGCAGACCUAAUUGAACCCUUGAGUAUGCUGCAAGAAAAUACACAGAAAGGACAUGGCUUAAUGCUAACAGCCCGCGAGCCUGACAAGCAAUCCCUUCAGACUCUAGAAAAUAUACGCAGCAUCAUCCGAAAUGCAGUUAUAGACAUUGAGGAGCAUGAAUUCAAGAUUCUACAACAGGAGAUUCAACAGGACGAAGAACAGGCUUCGCAGCAGCAGCACGAUAAAUCGUUUAGUGCUCUAAGAAAGGCUCUUGAAACAAAGGUCUCUUUGGAAGAAGCCAUUGACAAUAUGGAAACGCUGCAAUUGGCUCUAAAUCAAAUUAACGAGAACACUAAGGCCGCUGAGCAGGUCAAGAAAUCAGCAACGGAAGCACAAGUAUCUUUGUUGCAUAUUCUGCAGAUUGCCAAAAAUUUGGCCACUUUCAGUGAGGCAGAGACCACACUUAAUCCACACGAAGCGAAUACAACCCGAAUCUUAUUUGAAUGUGCCAAAAGUUUUGCGGAUUUGGCAAAAUCUUUGGGAAGUCCAAUCCAAGAAGUUGGCUGUGAAUUUAAGCAAGUUCUAAGUCAAUUCUGCGAGAUUGUAGGCCAACAGAAGAAAGCAAGCGAUGAGAAGUUAUCCGUUGAUGGACCUCUUGCUAGUCUUAUUCAAGCUUUGGAGCAUUUAGAGCAACCUUUGAAGGAAUCGACGUCUGUGGAAGAUUUGUCUACAUUGGAUGAUAUCUCUGUACUUAAGUCGAUUGCUGAAUCGUUGCCAACCGAGCCAGAAAUUGAGUUGCCCGCUGCGACUGAAAAGCCAUCACUUACAGCUGAUGUUUUGCUCUCUGACCUGAACCAUGGUAUUUCGGCUGUUCUCUCACACUGCGAAGAUAUCGAUGUGACUUCCAUGGUUGGCCCCAGCGCCCAGCAAGUACAUGCCGCCAUUAUCAAGAUGCAAGACCUCCAGAAUAGUAUUGCUCUCGUACACGAAACCAAUAUUGCUGAAACAGCCCACUCCUUGUCCUCAGAGUCAGGUAGUCACCAAGGAACGUUUGCCGAGGCUUUAUGCAGUUUGGAACGUUGCGUUCUGCACGUGGAAGAAUGUAUAGCCCAAAGUGGUCUGGAUGAAAUCAGUGAACUAGAACUAUCGAAAUUAAAGGCAUUGGCCACCCCACUAAAAGAUGUAAGGCAAUAUUGCGAGCAGAUUUAUAACCAAGUUUUAGAUCACGCCAUUGAUAUGUCUACGCAAGAAGAUAUUUCACAACUUAAAACAAGCGGCCAAAAGCAAACAGAACAAAUUGGCGCUGAAGAAAAAGCUGAGGUACAACAGGAACCUCUGGUUGAAGUAUUUGACAUACAACAGGGUGUUGCCAGUGGCAUUAAACAAUUGCAAGCAUGCCUGGAGGUAACACAAACAACUAACACCGAAGAGCUUCAUCAAGUCAGCCAAAUAAUGAAACAGCUUAAAUCCGAUUUGGAGAGCAUUCAGACAACACUUAUUUCAAAUACUGAUGAACAGGAAACUGUUCUGGCGCAGGCGAAAAUAGCGGGCACCAUGUUUAAGCUGAAGGAGAGUCUUGUGCAUACAUAUGAAUCAGGAUUGGUUGAUUCUCUGGAGACGGUAGAAAGUGCAUUUGAGGAUAUUUUGCUUUCACUUCCCAUUUUGGAGUCGCAAUUAGCGCAAGAGAUGUUUGCGAAAAUCGAAAAAUCAUUAAAUGUCUUCAACAUGAAUUGUCAGCAUUACGACACAGUCGAUCAAACACAUCAAUUGGUUAGGCUGAAAGGGCCAUUUGAUUCGCUGUUACAGUCUAUUAAGACAUUGGCAAUGCAGGCAACUGUUGAUAUUGAUAAGUCAUCAAUAGUCAUUGUGAAUCUUCAGUCGAAUCUGAUGUCUGCCUUUAGAGCUUUAAAUGAGGUCAGUGAGAAAGCGGAUAAUGAUAUCUCCGUUGGUCUUCUAAAAACUCAGAGUAGUCUGGUCGCUGUCUUUGACUUUAUUGAAAACAAUGAAUGCACAAUUCGUAUAAUUGAAUUACUACAGGAAAUAGAUGCGAUCACAACGGAGCUUAACACUUUAUCCUUGGUUCCCGUAGAGCCAACAGUGCCUAUCGAUAUUGGCGUAAUUAUUGAAAACGUCUCUUCUGGCAAAGCAUUUCUAACAGAACUUGAGGAAGGACUGAAAAACGAUAAUCCCUUAAGUGUUCUUCUUCUUAAUGAAAACAGCGAGGACAUUGGUCAGUUAGAGGCGACCUUGAUUCAGAUUGAGAAUGAAAUCCUCUCCCAACCUCAACUCAAUCAAAUAACUCCAAAGCAAUUUGCGCUUAUUGAAACUCUUCAAACACAACUAAACAUCUUCCAAGAAAAAUUAAACUAUCUAAAUACAUCAUCCAGUGAAUCCGUCUUGGCCACAGAUGAAGAGCUCUUGCAAUCAAGUUCUGAAGCUAUUGAUGCUCAUAAUCAGGAUAAGCAAAAGGCAUUUGUUAAACCACCUAAUGAAGAUCAGCAACUACAGCAAGACACAAAGAUCGAAAAUCUUGCUAAGAUAUCCAAACAAAAAGUUAUAGCAGAAGCGCAACAACCCGACGAACCCGAAAAUAAAAAACCCAAGAUAAUAGACAAAGAAUCUACCGAUGAAGAGAUCCAUACAGAGAAACGGAAAAAAGUGAACAAAGAACAAAUUUCUGAACAAGUCGCAGAAUCAGAUAAGACGAAAAAGCUUCAAGAGAAGGAAAAGAAACUGGAGAAAACCAAAGAAGCUGAAAAGGCGGUUCACCCAAGCGAAGUAUCUGAAGCUUCAAUCGAAACUAGUUCCGAUCAAAAUCUUCAAGUACUACCUGAAGCAAUAGUACAAGAAGAAAAUAAAACAAUUCUAGAAAUUAAAGAGAUCCAAGAAAUUUUGUCGGAAAAAUUCGAAGACUUAUCAAAAGGUUUGGCGGCGUCGUCCUGUAAGGAUGAAGUACAGUCCAUUCUAAAGGAAACAAAAGAUACAAUCGAGAGCCUCGAAAAUGGAGAUAAAGUAGCUAAGGCCAUAUUUAAAUUAAAAGAGCAUAUAGUUCAUACUUAUGAUGGUAGGCCUCUAGACGAACAAAAUGAUAGAGAAGCUGUGGAGGCCUUCAUCGAAUCGCUUCUCGAGUUCUGUCCGGAUGCGUCAAAGCAACUAAUACACAACUAUGUGAAGGAAAUAAAGACAAAUAUCAUUCUAACAAAAGCAGCCAUUCAGCUAAUUAAUGAAAGCGAAAUGUUUUUGAAGCCUUCCUUAUUGAUCCCGAAACUCGUUAAUUUGGAACAUAUAUCGGAUGAAACACAAUCAAAAUUGCAACUGGAUAAGUCAUCUGAAAAAAUGAUUAACUUGCAGCAGAAUCUAAUGGACAUUUUCAUUAUCCUUGAUGACUUGUUAGAUGAAAAAACUGAUAAGUUAAGACCCCAAAUUGAAGACGCAAAAACAGCUUUGCUUAAAGAGUACGACUAUAUUGAAAAGAAGGAAGGUAAACUUAAUACUGCCAUCAUACAGGAACAAAUUUUUAUUAUUACACAGAAAAUGUUGAACAUUUCGGAAGAAUUACAAGAGCUAAUAGCCAGUCAAACUGAUGCCGAAGAAACGGCAAAAGAUGUUGUUGAUAAUGCUGCACUCACUCUUUUAGAGAAGGAAUCAGCUCAAGAUUUAAACCAAGAUAUUCAAAAGAAACAGGGGGACGAUACGAAAACGGUCGAAGAUAUUAUGGUUGAAAAGUCACCUGAAAAGAAAGAAGAAGAAGCAGAGAAACCUGGCAUAGAGGAUUCCGCAAAGACCUUGGAAAAGAAAUCUCUGGUAGAAGAGGAACUUGAUGCGAAGAAACAGAAGCAAGCCGAAAAAGAUGCCGAGAAGAAGACUCAACACGAAGGCUCCGAAGUUGUUGCCGAAAAGAUAACUCAAGAAAAAGUAGAAGCGAUACAGAAACCUGGCGUAAAAGAUUCCGAAGCUGAAGCUCAAAAUGCCAAGGCUUUGGAAAAGAAAUCCCUGGAACAAAAGGAACUGAAUGCGAAGAAACAGAAGCAAGCCGAAAAAGAUGCCGAGAAGAAGGCUGAACAAGGCGAAGUUUCUGAAGUUGUUGCCGAAAAGAUAACUGAAGAAAAAGUGGAAGCGACACAGAAACCUGGCGUAAAAGAUUCGGAAGCUGAAGCUCAAAAUGCUAAGCCCUUGGACAAGAAAUCCCUAGAACAAAAGGAACUGGAUGCGAAGAAACAGAACCAAGCCGAAAAAGAUGCCGAGAAGAAAGCUCAACAAGGCGAAGUUUCCGAAGUUGUUGCCGAAAAGAUAACUGAAGAAAAAGUGGAAGAGACACAGAAAUCUAGCGUAAAGGAUUCGGAAGCUGAAGCUCAAAAUGCCAAGGCCUUGGAGAAGAAAUCCCUGGAACAAAAGAAACUGGAUGCGAAGAAACAGAAGCAAGCCGAAAAAGAUGCCGAGAAGAAAGCUCAACAAGGCGAAGUUUCCGAAGUUGUUGCCGAAAAGAUAACUGAAGAAAAAGUGGAAGAGACACAGAAAUCUAGCGUAAAGGAUUCGGAAGCUGAAGCUCAAAAUGCCAAGGCCUUGGAGAAGAAAUCCCUGGAACAAAAGAAACUGGAUGCGAAGAAACAGAAGCAAGCCGAAAAAGAUGCCGAGAAGAAGGCUCAACAAGGCGAAGUUUCCGAAGUUGUUGCCGAAAAGAUAACUGAAGAAAAAGUGGAAGAGACACAGAAACCUAGCGUAAAGGAUUCGGAAGCUGAAGCUCAAAAUGCCAAGGCCUUGGAGAAGAAAUCCCUGGAACAAAAGGAACUGGAUGCGCAGAAACAGAAACAAGCCGAAAAAGAUGCCGAGAAGAAGUCUCAACAAGGCGAAGAAUCCGAAGUUGUUGCCGAAAAGAUAACUGAAGAAAAAGUGGAAGAGACACAGAAACCUAGCGUAAAGGAUUCGGAAGCUGAAGCUCAAAAUGCCAAGGCCUUGGAGAAGAAAUCCCUGGAACAAAAGGAACUGGAUGCGAAGAAACAGAAGCAAGCCGAAAAAGAUGCCGAGAAGAAGGCUCAACAAGGCGAAGUUUCCGAAGUUGUUGCCGAAAAGAUAACUGAAGAAAAAGUGGAAGAGACACAGAAACCUAGCGUAAAGGAUUCGAAAGCUGAAGCUCAAAAUGCCAAGGCCUUGGAGAAGAAAUCCCUGGAACAAAAGGAACUGGAUGCGAAGAAACAGAAGCAAGCCGAAAAAGAUGCCGAGAAGAAGGCUCAACAAGACGAAGUUUCCGAAGUUGUUGCCGAAAAGAUAACUGAAGAAAAAGUGGAAGAGACACAGAAACCUAGCGUAAAGGAUUCGGAAGCUGAAGCUCAAAAUGCCAAGGCCUUGGAGAAGAAAUCCCUGGAACAAAAGGAACUGGAUGCGAAGAAACAGAAGCAAGCCGAAAAAGAUGCCGAGAAGAAGGCUCAACAAGGCGAAGUUUCCGAAAUUGUUGCCGAAAAGAUAACUCAAGAAAAAGUGGAAGAGACACAGAAACCUAGCGUAAAGGAUUCGGAAGCUGAAGCUGAAAAUGCCAAGGACUUGGAGAAUAUAUCUCUGAAAGAAGAGAAAUUGGAUGCAAAAAAACAGAAAGCUUCUAUUGAAGAGACUUCCGCUGAAAAAAAACAAGAAUCCUUAGAUUCAAAACCCAACGAAGCUUCAAUACAAGAAGAAAAAGAGCAUAUUCUAAAAACUAAAGAGAUUAAAGUAAUUUUGUCGGAAAAGUUCAAAGACUUAUCAAAAGGUUUGGCGUCGUCAUCAUGUAACGAAGAGCUUCAGUCCAUUCUAAAGGAAACAAAAGAUGCAAUCGACAACCUGGAAAAUGGAGAAAAAACAGCUAAGGCCAUAUUUAAAUUAAAAGAGCAUAUAGUUCACACUUAUGAUGGUAAGCCUCUAGAAGAACAAACUGAUAGAGAAGCUGUGGAGGCCUUCAUCGAAUCGCUUCUCGAGUUCUGUCCGGAUGCGUCAAAGCAACUAAUACACAACUAUGUGAAGGAAAUAAAGACAAAUAUCAUUCUAACAAAAGCAGCCAUUCAGCUAAUUAAUGAAAGCGAAAUGUUUUUGAAGCCUUCCUUAUUGAUCCCGAAACUCGUUAAUUUGGAACAUAUAUCGGAUGAAACACAAUCAAAAUUGCAACUGGAUAAGUCAUCUGAAAAAAUGAUUAACUUGCAGCAGAAUCUAAUGGACAUUUUUAUUAUCCUUGAUGACUUGUUAGAUGAAAAAACUGAUAAGUUAAGACCCCAAAUUGAAGACGCAAAAACAGCUUUGCUUAAAGAGUACGACUAUAUUGAAAAGAAGGAAGGUAAACUUAAUACUGCCAUCAUACAGGAACAAAUUUUUAUUAUUACACAGAAAAUGUUGAACAUUUCGGAAGAAUUACAAGAGCUAAUAGCCAGUCAAACUGAUGCCGAAGAAACGGCAAAAGAUGUUGUUGAUAAUGCUGCACUCACUCUUUUAGAGAAGGAAUCAGCUCAAGAUUUAAACCAAGAUAUUCAAAAGAAACAGGGGGACGAUACGAAAACGGUCGAAGAUAUUAUGGUUGAAAAGUCACCUGAAAAGAAAGAAGAAGAAGCAGAGAAACCUGGCAUAGAGGAUUCCGCAAAGACCUUGGAAAAGAAAUCUCUGGUAGAAGAGGAACUUGAUGCGAAGAAACAGAAGCAAGCCGAAAAAGAUGCCGAGAAGAAGACUCAACACGAAGGCUCCGAAGUUGUUGCCGAAAAGAUAACUCAAGAAAAAGUAGAAGCGAUACAGAAACCUGGCGUAAAAGAUUCCGAAGCUGAAGCUCAAAAUGCCAAGGCUUUGGAAAAGAAAUCCCUGGAACAAAAGGAACUGAAUGCGAAGAAACAGAAGCAAGCCGAAAAAGAUGCCGAGAAGAAGGCUGAACAAGGCGAAGUUUCUGAAGUUGUUGCCGAAAAGAUAACUGAAGAAAAAGUGGAAGCGACACAGAAACCUGGCGUAAAAGAUUCGGAAGCUGAAGCUCAAAAUGCCAAGGUCUUGGAGAAGAAAUCCCUGGAACAAAAGGAACUGGAUGCGCAGAAACAGAAACAAGCCGAAAAAGAUGCCGAGAAGAAGUCUCAACGAGGCGAAGAAUCCGAAAUUGUUGCUGAAAAGAUAACUGAAGAAAAAGUGGAAGAGACACAGAAACCUAGCGUAAAGGAUUUGGAAGCUGAAGCUCAAAAUGCUAAGGCCUUGGAGAAGAAAUCCCUGGAACAAAAGGAACUGGAUGCGAAGAAACAGAAGCAAGCCGAAAAAGAUGCCGAUCCGAAGGCUGAACAAGGCGAAGUUUCUGAAGUUGUUGCCGAAAAGAUAACUGAAGAAAAAGUGGAAGCGACACAGAAACCUGACGUAAAAGAUUCGGAAACUGAAGCUCAAAAUGCCAAGGCCUUGGAGAAAAAAUCCCUGGAACAAAAGGAACUGGAUGCGAAGAAACAGAAGCAAGCCGAAAAAGAUGCCGAGAAGAAGGCUGAACAAGGCGAAGUUUCCGAAGUUGUUUCCGAAAAGAUAACUGAAGAAAAAGUGGAAGAGACACAGAAACCUAGCGUAAAGGAUUCGGAAGCUGAAGCUCAAAAUGCCAAGGCCUUGGAGAAGAAAUCCCUGGAUCAAAAGGAACUGGAUGCGAAGAAACAGAAGCAAGCCGAAAAAGAUGCCGAGAAGAAGGCUGAACAAGGCGAAGUUUCCGAAGUUGUUGCCGAAAAGAUAACUGAAGAAAAAGUGGAAGAGACACAGAAACCUAGCGUAAAGGAUUCGGAAGCUGCAGCUCAAAAUGCCAAGGCCUUGGAGAAGAAAUCCCUGGAUCAAAAGGAACUGGAUGCGAAGAAACAGAAGCAAGCCGAAAAAGAUGCCGAGAACAAGGCUCAACAAGGCGAAGUAUCCGAAGUUGUUGCCGAAAAGAUAACUGAAGAAAAAGUGGAAGAGACACAGAAAUCUAGCGUAAAGGAUUCGGAAGCUGAAGCUCAAAAUGCCAAGGCCUUGGAGAAGAAAUCCCUGGAACAAAAGAAACUGGAUGCGAAGAAACAGAAGCAAGCCGAAAAAGAUGCCGAGAAGAAGUCUCAACAAGGCGAAGAAUCCGAAGUUGUUGCCGAAAAGAUAACUGAAGAAAAAGUGGAAGAGACACAGAAAUCUAGCGUAAAGGAUUCGGAAGCUGAAGCUCAAAAUGCCAAGGCCUUGGAGAAGAAAUCCCUGGAACAAAAGGAACUGGAUGCGAAGAAACAGAAGCAAGCCGAAAAAGAUGCCGAGAAGAAGGCUCAACAAGGCGAAGUUUCCGAAGUUGUUGCCGAAAAGAUAACUGAAGAAAAAGUGGAAGAGACACAAAAACCUAGCAUAAAGGAUUCGGAAGCUGAAGCUCAAAAUGCUAAGGCCUUGGAGAAGAAAUCCCUGCAACAAAACGAACUGGAUGCGAAGAAACAGAAGCAAGCCGAAAAAGAUGCCGAGAAGAAGGCUCAUCAAGGCAAAGUUUCCGAAGUUGUUGCCGAAAAGAUAACUGAAGAAAAAGUGGAAGAGACACAGAAACCUAGCGUAAAGGAUUCGGAAGCUGAAGCUCAAAAUGCCAAGGCCUUGGAGAAGAAAUCCCUGGAACAAAAGGAACUGGAUGCGCAGAAACAGAACCAAGCCGAAAAGGAUGCCGAGAAGAAAGCUCAACAAGGCGAAGUUUCCGAAGUUGUUGCCGAAAAGAUAACUGAAGAAAAAGUGGAAGAGACACAGAAAUCUAGCGUAAAGGAUUCGGAAGCUGAAGCUCAAAAUGCCAAGGCCUUGGAGAAGAAAUCCCUGGAACAAAAGAAACUGGAUGCGAAGAAACAGAAGCAAGCCGAAAAAGAUGCCGAGAAGAAGUCUCAACAAGGCGAAGAAUCCGAAGUUGUUGCCGAAAAGAUAACUGAAGAAAAAGUGGAAGAGACACAGAAAUCUAGCGUAAAGGAUUCGGAAGCUGAAGCUCAAAAUGCCAAGGCCUUGGAGAAGAAAUCCCUGGAACAAAAGGAACUGGAUGCGAAGAAACAGAAGCAAGCCGAAAAAGAUGCCGAGAAGAAGGCUCAACAAGGCGAAGUUUCCGAAGUUGUUGCCGAAAAGAUAACUGAAGAAAAAGUGGAAGAGAAACAGAAACCUAGCAUAAAGGAUUCGCAAGCUGAAGCUCAAAAUGCCAAGGCCUUGGAGAAGAAAUCCCUGGAACAAAAGGAACUGGAUGCGAAGAAACAGAAGCAAGCCGAAAAAGAUGCCGAGAAGAAGGCUCAACAAGGCGAAGUAUCCGAAGUUAUUGCCGAAAAGAUAACUGAAGAAAAAGUGGAAGAGACACAGAAACCUAGCGUAAGGGAUUCGAAAGCUGAAGCUCAAAAUGCCAAGGCCUUGGAGAAGAAAUCCCUGGAACAAAAGGAACUGGAUGCGAAGAAACAGAAGCAAGCCGAAAAAGAUGCCGAGAAGAAAGCUCAACAAGGCGAAGUUUCCGAAGUUGUUGCCGAAAAGAUAACUGAAGAAAAAGUGGAAGAGACACAGAAACCUAGCGUAAAGGAUUCGGAAGCUGAAGCUCAAAAUGCCAAGGCCUUGGAGAAGAAAUCCCUGGAACAAAAGGAACUGGAUGCGAAGAAACAGAAGCAAGCCGAAAAAGAUGCCGAGAACAAGGCUCAACAAUGCGAAGUUUCCGAAGUUGUUGCCGAAAAGAUAAUUGAAGAAAAAGUGAAAGAGACACAGAAACCUAGCGUAAAGGAUUCGGAAGCUGAAGCUCAAAAUGCCAAGGUCUUGGAGAAGAAAUCCCUGGAACAAAAGGAACUGGAUGCGGAGAAACAGAAACAAGCCGAAAAAGAUGCCGAGAAGAAGUCUCAACAAGGCGAAGUUUCCGAAGUUGUUGCCGAAAAAAUAACUGAAGAAAAAGUGGAAAAGACACAGAAACCUAGCGUAAAGGAUUCGGAAGCUGAAGCUCAAAAUGCCAAGGCCUUGGAGAAGAAGUCCCUGGAACAAAAGCAACUGGAUGCGAAGAAACAGAAUCAAGCCGAAAAAGAUGCCGAGAAAAAGGCUCAACAAGGCAAAGUAUCCGAAGUUGUUGCGGAAAAGAUAACUGAAGAAAAAGUGGAAGCGACACACAAAUCUGGCGUAAAAGAUUCGGAAGCUGAAGCUGAAAAUGCCAAGGCCUUGGAGAAGAAAUCCCUGGAACAAAAGGAACUGGAUGCGCAGACACAGAAUCAAGCCAAAAAAGAUGCGGAGAAGAAAGCUCAACAAGGCGAAAUUUCCGAAGUUGUUGCCGAAAAGAUAACUGAAGAAAAAGUGGAAAAGACACAGAAACCUAGCGUAAAGGAUUCGGAAGCUGAAGCUCAAAAUGCCAAGGCCUUGGAGAAGAAAUCCCUGGAACAAAAGGAACUGGAUGCGAAGAAACAGAAGCAAGCCGAAAAAGAUGCCGAGAACAAGGCUCAACAAGGCGAAGUUGUUGCCAAAAAAAAAAUAACUCAGGAAAAAGUGGAAGAGACACAGAAACCUAGCGUAAAGGAUGCGGAAGCUAAAGCUCAAAAUGCCGAGGCCUUGGAGAAGAAAUCCCUGGAACAAAAGAAACUAGAUGCGCAGAAACAGAAGCAAGCCGAAAAAGAUGCCGAGAAGAAAGCUCAACAAGGCGAAGUUUCCGAAGUUGUUGCCGAAAAGAUAACUCAAGAAAAAGUGGAAGAGACACAGAAACCUGGGGUAAAGGAUGCGGAAGCUGAAGCUCAAAGUGUCAAGCCCUUGGAGAAGAAAUCCAUGGAACAAAAGAAACUAGAUGCGCAGAAACAGAAGCAAGUCGAAAAAGAUGUUGAUAAGAAGACUCAACAAGGCGAAGAAUACGAAGUUGUUGUCGAAAAGAUAACUGAAGUAAAGGUGGAAGAGACAAAGAAAUCUAAAGUUACGGACUCCGAACCUGAGGACCAAACCGCCAAGAAGUUAGAGAAGAAAUCCCUGGAACAAAAGGAACUGGAUGCGCAGAAACAGAAGCAAGCCGAAAAAGAUGCCGAGAAGAAAGCUCAACAAGGCGAAGUUUCCGAAGUUGUUGCCGAAAAGAUAACUCAAGAAAAAGUGGAAGAGACACAGAAACCUGGGGUAAAGGAUGCGGAAGCUGAAGCUCAAAAUGCCAAGGCCUUGGAGAAGAAAUCCCUGGAACAAAAGGAACUGGAUGCGAAGAAACAGAAGCAAGCCGAAAAAGAUGCCGAGAAGAAGUCUCAAAAAGGCGAAGUUUCUGAAGUUGUUGCCGAAAAGAUAAUUGAAGAAAAGGAAAAAAAGACAAAGAAACCUAAAGUUAAGCACUCGGAAGGUGUGGCACAAACCAACAAGGCCUUAGAGAAUAUAUCCCUGGAACAAAAGGAGCUGAAUGCGAAUAAACAGAAGCAAGCUGAAAAAGAUGCCGAGAAGAAGGCUCAACAGAGCGAAGUAUCCGAAGUUGUUGCCGAUCAGAUAACUGAAGAAUGUGUAGAAAAGAAAAAGAAACCUAAAGGUUUAGAGUCGGAGGCUGAGGCUCAAAUAAUAGUAAAACCGGAAAAGAAACCUGAAUCAGAAGACUCGGAAGCUGAAACUCAAUCGGCCAAGGCUGUAGAGAUGAAAACUCGGGAAGAUAAAAAGCUGGACGAAAAGAAACUAGAGAUGUCUAAAAAAGAAGUAGAAAACAAAAGAAUGGAUGAAAAUUCCAGCGAAAAAAUUGACUCUUUGAGUAUUCAAAGUACAUCGUCAAAAUCCUUGGGUAUAGAAUACAAGGACAAAAAGGAGUCACGCAGUGCUAAACGGAAACCAACUGUUGAUAUCCAGCUAACGAAUCGAAAUUCGGCUACGGGCACGGACCUAAAAUUGACGUGCGCUAUUUCUGGACACGAUAUGAACGUACAAUGGUUUAUUCAGAACACUCCCAUUGAAAACAAUGCCAAGUACAGAAAAACAUUGAACGAUGGACUGUCUUGCCUUGAAAUAAAGUCGGCAGAGCUUAAUGAUUCUGGGGUUUAUCGAUGCAUCGCCACUAAUAGAAAUGGAGAAGUCGAAACGAGCUGUCUUGUGACUAUAUACGAAGCACCUUCAAGUAAAUUUGGCACACCACCAAUAUUUACACGCAACAUUCGAGAGUACUAUCAUUUGCGUGACGACGAACUCACCAUUGAGUGCCAUGUUCAUGGUGUACCCCGACCUGUCAUAACAUGGUGGCGCGGUGCUUUCCAGGUGAAGCCCAGCUACAAAUUUACCAUGUUGGAAGAGGCGCACGGUGUCUGUAAACUGCUUAUUUAUAAGCCGGGCAAUAAGGAUGGUGGAAUAUACACACUGAAGGCCUUUAAUUCAAGUGGUGAAGCCCAGAUCAAUCAUACUGUCGAAGUCGCCAAAAAUCUGCACUACCAUGUUCCUGGCAUCUUCCAUGCGCGCGACAGAAUCCAACUGGACAGCUUGAAGCAGGCCAAGAAGGCUAUGGACGCAGCGCUUAAAUCGAAGGCCGAGUCGGAUCAAAAGCGGGCAGACGCAGAGGCUGAACAGCAGCGAUUACGCCCUGCCCCCAAAGAACCAGAAGUUUUGGUACCAGCUAAACAAAAGCUAUCUUUUGCCACUCAAUUGCGUGAUCGUAUGGCGCUUGAGGGUUCCACUAUUAAGUUUGUGGCCACGGUCAUUGGACCAGAGCCCAAUACUCGCUGGAUGAAGGAUGACAAAUGGGUCGUAGUUGGUGGAAAUAUUAAAAAUCUUUCCGAAGAGGGCAAAGCCAUUCUCGAGAUCAGCAAUGUCACCUCUGCCGACUCGGGCGUAUACAAGUGUGUAGCCAAAAAUGAUCUCAGCGAAAUCGAAACGUCUUGCUACUUCAAGGUGUAUGCGGCACAGGCCGAUGGCGAUGAAUCCGAGCCCAUAUUCGCCCUACCCCUGCGAGAUGUGUAUCAUGCAUCGCAGAACGAUUUAAUUCUCGACACGAAGGUGCGAGGCAAUCCCCGUCCCGCAAUCUCGUGGACUAAAGAUCAGAUACCCGUGGUGCUUGACGAUCGCAUCGUACAAAUCGAGCAUUUGGACGGCAUCUGUGAGCUGAUCAUAAACAAACCAACGACGAAUGACAAUGGCAUCUAUGUUUGCACGGCAAAGAACAAAUUGGGCAGUCAGUCGACCACUCACACCGUUGUUGUCGACACCACACACAACUCGCGCCGUUCGAGUGUACUCUCUGCAAUGCAGGAAGGUGAAUCUGCCGAUGGCCAGGCCAAGGCCAAGGCCAAGAAGAAGAAGAGUGUUCAAGAAGAACCAGCGGGCGGAGAGGGUGGUUAUGAGCGUCGCAGCCGGAUGCCAGAUCCCAGCCCCAAGCAAAUGCUUUAUUUCACAGUCAAUUUGUCUAAUCGCUAUGUGGCCGAGGGAUCCAAGGUCAAGUUACAGGCGGUUAUUGGAGGUCCCGAACCCACAAUUAAAUGGCAAAAAGAUGACCAGAAUGUUCAGUACGGACCUCGUAUCCGCAACAUGAAUCGUGACAGUUUGGCGGUUUUGGAGUUUGUUAAUGCUCAAGCCGAGGAUUCGGGCACCUAUACUAUCAUUGCGCAGAAUGAAUUCUGUAAGAUAACUACCUCAGCAUUGCUGCAUGUCUACCAGCCAAAGGUCGAUACGGAUGUGCAACCAGUCUUCAUUCGCUCUCUAAAAGAGACCUAUCAUCUCAACAGUAAUGAAUUGAUUUUGGAGACCGCUGUGCGCGGUCAACCUACACCAGAGGUGCAGUGGUUUAAGGACAGCGUUGAAAUCCAAAGCGGUGGUCGCUAUCAGAUUCUUGAACACCAAGAUGGAACCUGUGAGCUACUCAUCGAUCGCCCAGACAAUAAGGACUCUGGCAAAUAUGUAGUCAAGGCCGAGAGUCGUGCUGGAAAAAUGGAGAUUUCUCACUAUGUGCUCUUCGAGGGUAAGGCGCAUCACAUUGCGGAUAACAUUCACGGAGUUUUCCAUGCCGACAAAAGUCUAAUGCGUCCCAAAGAAGUGGAAAAGCCCGUUGAAAAGAAACCAGCACCAGUCGAACCAGCUGCUGCCGAAAGCGAAGGUGAAGGAAGCAAAGGUCGAGGCCGCAAGAAGAAUGAAGAAGAUGAAAGUGCUUCGGCCUAUGCAUCGGACUACGCCUCAGAUACGGCUAGUUUGUCGAGCAAGCGGCGCGAAAAGAACAUUGUUAUUCAUUUCAGUACUUCAAUGAGGGAUCGUGUUGUAGCCGAGGGUUCCAAAGUGAAGAUAUCAUGCUUCCUUGAUGCAAAGGAACCUCAAGUAAAAUGGUUCAAAGAUGGUGAACAAAUCCAAAAUUCUCCGAAGCUUCGCGGACGUUACAGCGAAGGCCUUUGUCUCUUAGAAAUCACAAGCGCCACCGUAGAAGACAAUGGCGAGUACAAGUGCUGGGGUCGUGACGAGACCGGAGAAGCUUCCACUUCGUGUAGAUUGGAGGUCUAUGAAAGCCCCGGAACAGGCGAUGUUCCUCCAACAUUUACGCGCAAUAUUAAGGACACUUUGCACGGCAAGAUCAACGAACUCCAGUUGGAUGUACAUGUUCGUGGAUUGCCAACACCAUCGAUCACAUGGGUUAAGGAUGGUGUCAAGAUUGAGAAUAGUGAUAAAUACCAACAGGUUGAUCACGAAGACGGCACAAGUGAGCUGUUCAUUAGUCAUCCGAAGCAGUCGGAUAGCGGAAAAUAUGUUUGUCAAGCUGAAAAUCGUGAGGGAAAGACGGAAAUUGUGCAUAUGGUGACUGUGGAACCUCGUGUACGGGCACCACGAUUGUCGCCACCAAGAGAGGGCAGACCACCUCGUCCAGGAGGAGCAGCUGAAGAAGAUGAAGCAGCUGCAGGCGAAGAAGGUGCAGAAGGCGAAGCAGGUGAGGGCGGCGAGAAGAAGCGCAGGAAACCAAAGCCCGACGAAGAAGAGCAGACGAGCUCGAGGAGAGAAGUGCCAGCACCACCAGAUCUAAGGAAACGUUUGUACUUCAGGAAUUUCUUAUCUAACCGGACUGUACUCUCGGGAAGCAAUGUAAAGUGGAUGGUCAACAUUGACGGGCCGGAGCCAACUGCCAAAUGGUUCCAUGGCGAUCAACCAAUUGCUUUCGGACCCAAGAGCAAAAUGUCUAUGCAAGAUGGCAUUGCCUGGUUGAACUUGGUUGGAGUCACUGAAGAAGAUGCCGGAGAAUAUACGUUGAGAGUAAGAGGAUCCGAAAACGAAAUAGUGAGCACUUGCAACCUCUUUGUUUACAGCACGGGUAAAGCUGAGGUUAUUCCGCCCACUUUUGUUGUGGGUAUUAAAGACACAUAUUCUCUUAAUGAGAAUGAGUUAGUUCUGGAUUGCCGCGUACGUGGCCAGCCACGUCCCGAAAUUCAAUGGAUGAAGGGCAAUGAAUAUAUCGAGCCCGAGGGCCGAUAUCAGCAAGUGGAUCAGGCCGAUGGCUACUCUAAAUUGAUCAUACGUAAUCCCACUGAAAAGGAUUCUGGCAUCUAUUCGUGUGUGGCACGCAACGAAGGAGCCGAAAAUAAGAUGCCCCAUCACGUGGACUUCAAGGGACGUGAACAUUACACAUUGGAGAAGACGCACGGUUUCUUCCAUCGCGAUCCCAACAAGCCGCACUUCCUAACACCAUUGGGCAAUCAGACGGUUUGCAACGGCGGCACAGUUGCCAUUUCCGCCGAAUUCAUGCAGACAAGCACGCCCAUUGAGGUCAAAUGGUAUCGCGAUCGCCGUGCUGUCGAGGGACCCAAUGUCAAAUCUCUAGCCGAUCGUGGCGUUUACACGCUAACCAUUAUGAAUGCCUCACCUGAAUGGGAGGGCACAUACACGUGCCGUGCAUCCAAUGCAUAUGGACGCAUUGAAUCUCAUGCUAAUGUUGAUGUUACCAUUGCCGAUACCAAAGACGAACGUCCACCGUUAUUCCUGUCUAGGCCAGAUACUGAAAUGAAGAUUGCUGUCGGUGAUCCGUUCUCCAUAUCUUUCCGCAUUGCAGGCGAUCCGAAACCGAAGCUCACCUUUAUGAAAGGCACUAAGGACAUUACCCAAUCGGAUAAGGUCAGCAAAGAGGUAUCCGAUGAUUACACCAGAUUCACAGUGCAGCAAGCUCAAAUCUCUGAUUCGGGCACCUACUUUGUUGUUGCUCGCAACAACAACGGCACGGACAGGAUAUUCGUGACUGUAACGGUAAACCCGCGCACACGAUCCGAAACGCCAACCCAACCACGAUGGGGUCUACCCUUGGACAGUUACAGUGAUACAACCUAUUUCCGAGACCCACCAGGUUGCAUAUCGACUGAACCGUUGGUUGUCGAUUCCGGACCCACACACAUCUCUCUGUCGUGGGGCAAGCCGGUGAGUGGCAAUUCGGCUCCAGUUAUAGCCUACAAGGUGGAAUCCUGGAUCCUUGGUCAUGAGGGUGGCGCCUAUUGGCGUGAAUUGGGUCUAAGUCCGAUUAACUCUUUCGAUGCUUUCAAUUUGAAACCAAAUUUGGAAUACCAUUUCCGUGUAACGCCCAAGAAUCGCUAUGGCUGGGGUCCAGCGGUGCAAACAAGUUCCCCUCUGCAGGUGGGCGGCGUCGAAUGUCUACCAGAGUUUGUGAAAAUUCUACCUGGUCAGGUGAAAGCAUUGCUCGGCUCUUCGUUCACCCUGCAAUGUAAUAUGCGUGGCGCUCCAAGACCACAAGUCACUUGGUAUAAGGAUGGCAUUCAGUUGAGCAGCAGCUCAGAGCGGGUCAAAAUACGACAAAUUGGUUCCACCUGCGCUUUGACCAUAACGACAGUAAGCGAAUUGGAUUCGGGUCGCUAUACCUGUGAGGCUACAAAUGCCAAGGGGCGUGUCUCUACAUUUGCACGUCUACAAGUUGUCUCCGAUCCACGUUUAUACGAGGCUGACUCACGCUUGAAAGAAAUCGCCCAUGGACGCAAUGCGGCAGAUGUGGGUGACUCUUUGCCCAUUUUCACCAUGCGUUUGAGGGAUCGCCGUGUGCAAGUGACUUACCCAGUGCGUCUUACAUGCCAAAUAGUCGGCUAUCCACAGCCAGAAAUAUUGUGGUAUAAGGAUCAGCAAAUCAUCAACAGCGAUAGAAGACAUCUAAUCUCAUCGGAUGGUCAGUUCUUCACCUUGGAAAUUGCAGCCACAACGCUCGAUGAUAGCGGCAAUUAUACUUGCUUGGCCAAAAAUGAACUGGGCUCUGUAUCCUGCCACUCCACUUUGGUUGUGGACAAGGGCAUACGUGCCUAUAUCUCACCCGAUUUCUAUGUGCCCCUCGAUCCUAUCUAUAUGUUCCGCGAGGGUUCGGAAAUACGUCUAUCGACCAAAGUUGAGGCCUAUCCAUCUGUUGGUGUCACCUGGCAUCGUAAUGGCAUGCGUUUACGUCCAAGUCGCCGUCUCACUGCCACCCUGGAUUCCAAUGGAUUUGUGGAACUAAUUAUUGCUGAUGCAACAAUACGAGAUGCUGGCAUUUAUGUUUGUGUUGCCUCCAAUGUGGUGGGCAAAGUGGAGACCAUUUGCCGUGUGGCCAUUGAAGAGAAUGAAGGGUCACCACCAAGAGCAUUGGAAAUACCCACCAUUAAGACCAACGAUAUGCCUUAUUCCAAGGAGCCGCUCUUUGUGGUCAAACCACGUUCAAGUGAGGCCUAUGAGGGUGAUAAUGUCAUCAUAUUCUGUGAAGUUGUUGGCGAUCCCAAGCCCGAAGUGGUUUGGCUGCGCGAUUUUCUCAAUCCGGAAUACUAUAAAGACGCUCCACAUUUUCGACGCAUUGGCGAGGGACCUGAAUAUCGUUUAGAGAUUCCAAGUGCCAAAUUAGAUUUCACCGGAACAUAUUCAAUUAUAGCCAACAAUUGUCAUGGCGAGGCCAAGGCUGUAAUAUCUUUACAAAUAUUUGCCAAAGAUAUACUUACAAAUAGACGGAUGGACAAGGUCCACACGAGACAUGGAAAUAUUGAAACUCUUCCACGUUUCAUCCGUAACCUGAGAAAUUUGCGUUGCUGCGAUGGCGAUGCAAUUUCCCUGGAGUGCCAUGUGGAGGCUAUGCCCGAACCAUUCAUCAUUUGGGAAAAGGACGGUCGUGUUGUGCCCAGCGACAACAAGGAUUAUGUAAUGUCUUUUGAUGGCGUAAAGGCGACUUUGAGUAUACCUCGAGUAUACCCAGAGGAUGAGGGCGAAUACACAUGCGUGGCCAAGAACUCAGUUGGACGAUCUCUUUCAUCGGCCUGCAUUAUUGUCGAUGUGCCGGAGGAAAAAGAGAAUAUGCUCAGUCGACAAUUGGCGCGUCCCAGUGGUCUGCUUUCCGCCCACUCCACGCCCCGUUCGACGCCCCGUUCAACACCAAACCGCAGUUUCUCUCCUAUGCGUUUGUCCUAUAGGCACAGCAGCAUCGACUUAAGCGGCGGAUUGGUGGAACGACGACGUAGCGAUGGACGCCAUGCCAUCACAGCUCCAAAAUUCCUGGCCAUUCCUUACAAUCGGGUUGUCGAGGAGGGCGAGAGCGUACGCUUCCAGUGUGCUAUAGCUGGUCAUCCCACGCCCUGGGCUACCUGGGAUAAAGACGGCUUGAUAGUCACGCCCACUGGCCGCAUAGCUGUUAAGGAAGUGGAUGAUCUUCGCUUCAUUGAAAUCGAUGAAGUCGGCUUUGAAGAUGCUGGUCUCUAUCGGAUCACCUUGGAAAAUGAUUUCGGACGCAUAGAGGCCACCGCUCGAUUGGAUGUCAUACGCAGCUCCCGCUACUCCAAAUCCCCAUCUGUGCGAAGUGUCAGAGCAUCCUCGUCCCGAAGAAAUGCCUAUCUACAUAGGCGUAUAAUGGGUCCCUCGACAGCCAUUGGUGGACGCAUGGCUCUGGCCACAGGUUAUCGUGGUUCAUCUGUUCCCUCCGUAAGAUUCUAUCACAACAAUGAGGAACUGGAGCCCUCCGACCGGGUGCACAUUGUUGUCGAGCAAAAUGAGGCGUUCCUCAUUGUCGAUAAUGUCACCCACGACGAUGAGGGCAUUUACACAUGCAUCAUAAGUGGCCCCGAUCAUGAUCCUUUGAUUACAUCUACGAGCAUCAAGUUUUACGGGUCGGACAUUGAUAUUGUCAGACUGCCAGCCAGCAUAGUGGAACCUCUGCCCGAAAUAACCAGAGCUGUGGAGGGUGAGAUCAUUGAUCUGUGCUGUGAAAUAGACUGCAGCGAGCCAUACUAUUAUGUGUGGAGGCGCAACGGAGAGAUCAUUCCCGAUGGCGCAGAGUUCAAUUACAUCGAUCAUGGCAAUGGUUUACUGGCCCUGCGUAUCAACGAUGCCUUCGAUAUUGAUUCGGGGUGCUACACCUGUCAGGUGUUUAGCCAGUCCGCCUCAGAUGGCAGUGACGUCGACUGCGAAUGCGACUGCACAAGCAGCGGCGAACUCUGUGUGCUGGAACGCGAUCUGACUGACAGCGAUGCCGAAGAGAGCAUACAAUUGCUCAAGUCUCCUCUCCCAGUGGUCUGCGGAGCGGGCGGGGAGGCCGUCUACUAUGCCCGCGUCUAUCCCUGCCAAGCGGAAGCCGAAUGGUUUCUCAAUGGAAAACUCAUCGAAGAUGACUCACUUAACAUGACGUUGGAGUCGUAUCCAGAGAACGGCAUUCGGUUGCUGCGCAUGCGGAACUUGCAACUGCCUCAAAGCGGUGAGGUACGCCUGCAGGUGAAACAUCCACAGCGUGGCGAAGGGAUUGGAGGAAGACGUACACCUACAUCACGCACUUAUACAAGUUUGUUGGUAUUGCCCAUCAAUAACAACAACAACAACAACAACAACAAUUGCGCCUCCCUACCCACCAACAGAAGCUGCAUUUUAACGUGCCCCGAAGAUUGCACCGCCCUGAUAGGUGGCAAUGUGCGACUAAGCGUACGUUUCGAGCCAUACCCAGGCCAAACCAAGGUCGUUUGGUAUAAGGCGUCCCAUGCCAUUGUGGAGAGCCCGCAUGUUACCAUACGAACAACCACGCAGCAAUCCACGCUUUAUAUCACGGACAUCACGGCGGAUGAUAGCGGCAAAUAUACAGUGGAAAUAAUGAAUGAUUUCGGUGUGGAAGCAGCAGCCGCUUCAGUUGCUGUCGAAGGUCCUCCAGAGCCGCCAAGUGGUCAGCCGAGUGUCUCCCUGGGACCGGAUCGUGUGGCAGUGGCCUGGUGUGGUCCACCCUAUGAUGGCGGAUGCAUGAUCACGGGCUUUAACAUUGAGAUGCAGGAGAACUGUGAUAACAUGGAAAAUGCCAUGGCAUCAUCGACGUGGCAACAAGUGGCCAGUGUUGUGGACUCUCUGGCCUAUACGGUUAAGAAUCUUCAACCCCAUUUGCAAUACAGAUUCCGCGUUAGAGCCGAGAAUAUCCAUGGCUUGAGUCCACCCAGUCAGCCAAGCGAAUGGGUUCAGAUCACAGGUAUUAGUUGGAGAGAACGCGAUUCGACACCUGAUCGGGCCGUCCCAUGUGUACAAUCCGGCGGAGAUUUCAAAUCACGUUUCGAAAUCAUUGAAGAAUUGGGCAAAGGACGUUUCGGUGUUGUCUACAAGGUGCAGGAACGCAAUCAACCCGAGCAACUUUUAGCCGCCAAAGUGAUCAAAUGCAUUAAAGCGAGAGAUCGUCAAAAGGUUCUCGAUGAGAUUUCCAUAAUGCGUUCCCUGCAGCAUCCAAAAUUACUUCAGCUGGCUGCGUCCUUUGAGAGUCAACGGGAAAUUGUCAUGGUAAUGGAAUACAUAACUGGAGGCGAACUCUUCGAGCGCGUUGUGGCCGAUGAUUUUACCUUAACCGAAAUGGAUUGCAUUUUGUUUUUGCGUCAAGUGUGCGAAGGUGUUGCCUAUAUGCAUAGCCAGAGUGUAGUCCAUUUGGAUCUCAAGCCCGAGAAUAUAAUGUGCCACACACGGACAAGUCAUCAAAUUAAAAUCAUUGACUUUGGUCUGGCCCAACGACUGGACACAAAGGCACCGACACGAGUACUUUUCGGUACACCUGAAUUUAUACCCCCCGAGAUAAUUGGCUAUGAGCCCAUCGAUUUCCAAUCCGAUAUGUGGAGCGUAGGCGUCAUCUGUUACGUACUACUCUCGGGGCUUUCGCCUUUCAUGGGCGACUCUGAUGUGGAAACCUUUUCGAAUAUCACUCGAGCGGAUUAUGACUACGAUGAUGAGGCCUUUGAUUGCGUUUCGCAGGAGGCCAAAGAUUUCAUAUCCCAGUUGUUGGUUCAUCGCAAGGAGGAUCGUCUGACGGCUCGAGAAUGUCUAGAAUCCAAAUGGUUAAAGCAGCGACAUGAUGACAAUACCAUGAGUAAUAACAAAAUCUGCACCGACAAGCUAAAGAAGUUUAUCAUACGACGCAAGUGGCAGAAAACCGGCAAUGCUAUACGUGCAUUGGGUCGCAUGGCCACGCUAUCCGCUUCGAGAAGGAAUUCCGCCAUUGCUAUGGGAGCCUUGAAUAGUCCCCGACCGUCGAUAUCCAUUUCCGGUUUGGGUAUGCUAAAUGUGACAGCUGUCAGCGGCAGCGCCAGCUCGCAAAUGGCUUCCCUCCAUGAGGAGGAAGAUGAUUUCAGUGUGGAGAUGCCAACGCACCUGGAGAAGCGUCACACCGCCUUGCGUUUGCGGGAUAAAUCCCAAUGCAGCGAACGCAGUGACUCUGGAUACAGUGAGUGCUCCAAUUGCAGUCUGGGCACACAGGAAACAUUACUUCUCUCAUUGGCCAAAACGAAACUCGAGCAGAUUGCCAAGGCCAGCUGCAGUCUGGGAGAGAGUGAAAGUGAGGCGGCAUCCACACUCGAAUUGCCCACCAAGGGUGAGGCCAUAAUGCGUUCCGAUUUCACCAAUACCAUUAAAAUGCGUAAAAAAUCUCUAGAGGAUAGCUGCACGCGAGAGAAACCGAAACCCCAACCCAAACCGAUGAGUGAAUGUAAGCUGAAGGUAUCCCAAUUGAAGGAUAAAUUUCAAUCGCCCACUCCAGAUGCAGUAGCUCCACUUACCACAGCUGCUGCUGCUGCUGCUGCUCCCGCUGCUAACCAAUUAAAGCUUAAGCACAAUGAGCCCCAUAAAAUCGCCAAAGUAGCGAGCGUGGGUCAUCUGCAGCCAAGUAAUCCAAACAAACCAUUAACUAAAUCUGAGAAUUUGUAUUCAAACUAUUUUCCCUUCCAUUUUAUAGAAGCCACUGUCAGUGGCAAACAAACCCGCUCUAUGCCCGGCUCUCCAUUGCCCCAGCGCAGUGCAACGCCAACGCGGCUGAUGAGCCAACGUGUCCUGGAGACAACCCAGAGACUUGCCCAGCAGCAUACGCUGGCCAGCUCGCAGCGUCUCAGUGGGAAGCAAACGAAUCCAGCGCAUGGUGAUGGCAAUGUCCAUGAGUCACGUGCACGAAGACUCAUCAAUAGAUUCAACGAAACGAAGCAUAUCACGUCCUAGACUUAACUUUAUUUUAUUUUAUAAAACAAAUAUGAAAACCCCACUUAACGAUGAAAAAACACUCGAAUAUGCACACCCACACAAUAGAUUGAUCAGAUGCACCCGAGGCAGCGAUACCCCGGUCUUGGGCACUUAGGGACUAAGGAUACUUAAAUUAUUAUUGCAUCAAUUGAUAUACACAUACAUAUUAUAUUUACUAUAUAUUUUACCAUACUAAUUAAAGUUAAUGUGUAACGAAUUUCUCCCCUCCCCGCCUAAAAAACAAAAAAUAAUUAGAAUAUUUCCAUAUCA